AUGAAACUCAUGGCAUCGAAAAUACCUUCUCACAAACACAGCGCUAUCAAUACACAGUUCAACCCAUAUGGCAGACCUACACUGUGCUCCCUUAUGGGAACUGUGAACGCAUAUGAGAUGCAGGAAAUGGAAUGGGGUAUCAAGGCAUCAAUAAAGUCCUAUGAGUGUGAGCUUCGACAAUGUGAAGACGACAAAGACGUGUGGAUGGGAUCUGCUAUAGAUCUCGAUCUUGACCUGCCUAUCAGUGCAGGGAGUGGAACAUAUGGCUGUGUAGACAGUGCGAUGGCAAAUAACGAGGAGAUUGGACCCCUGGCCAUUGUUCUGAUGAUCAACUGUGGUGAGGCCCGGCGGUACCAGUACCAGUCACCGAAAAAAAGGAAACUUGUUCAUGGCCUGCACAAAGGCAUUAACAAGUAUAUCAAUAAUCACUGCAAGAGGGAGCAUGCCAAUACUGACCAGUUACGUGAACGCAUGUACAUUGCACUCCAAGCUGCAUUGCUGGACGUGGAUAUUGACGAUAUCAUGCUGCCUGAUGCGGGUUCGGACCAAGCCCAAGCUGGAAAACAUAGUGAGCUUCAACAGGGCUACCUCAUCUCAUGUGAGGUUGCACGACAAUUCCUCAAUGGAGUCAAUUUUAUCAUCCCCCACAGAGUGAAACGCGGCCUGCUAUCCAUCGGAACUGCACUAACUACAAAGUCAUCAAUUCCAGGUAUCAUCCAUAAGACAGGGUAUCCUGCCACAAUGCCAGGACAGUUUCCAGACUGA